UGAAGUUAGUUUUACUGAUGCUGGUAACUAUACUUGUAUUGCUACUAAUAACUAUGGUUCAGCAAAUGCAUCCGGAACACUUUCUGUUAAAGAACAUACACAAAUCACUGCUGCACCAGAAGACUAUGAGGUAGUUGCUGGAUCAGUAGCCACAUUUCAUUGUACUGCAACUUCCGAUCAAUCUUUGCAUCUUAACAUAGAUUGGUUAGCUAGAGAUGAACCUAUAAAUUUUGACUCUGAACCUCGUUUUGUUAAAACUAAUGAUUAUUCUAUGACCAUUACUAAGACUAUUGAAUUGGAUUCUGGAAUGUAUACUUGUUUAGCUAGAACUGAGUUAGAUCAAGCAACAGCUAGUGCUAUGCUUAUUGUUCAAGAUAAACCCAAUCCACCACAACUAUUGGGAAUCACUUGUAAUAAAAGAGAUGCUGCUGUAAAAUGGCAACCGAAAGGAGACAAUCGAGCACCUAUCCUGCGCUACACCAUUGAGUAUAAUACCAGUUUUGCUCCUGAUACUUGGUCAGUUGCAUCAGAUAAUGUUCCUGCUUCUGGUCAAACAUAUAUUGUACCAAUGACGCCAUGGGCCAAUUUUACAUUUCGAGUUAUUGCAAUGAACAAAAUUGGUAGAUCAAAUCCAUCUUUACAUUCAAGUGUCUGUACCACUCAACCAGAUGUUCCUUAUAAAAAUCCAGAAAAUGUUGAAGCUGUGGGUACUACACCAUCUAACCUUGUAAUUAGCUGGACACCAAUGCCAAAAAUUGAGCAUAAUGCACCAGGAUUAAGAUACAGAGUUUACUGGAAACAAGAUAUACCUGGCCAAGUAUGGAAUUCAGAAGAGAUAACAGACUACACUGUAAACCAAUUAGUAAUAGAAAAUCAACCGACCUACCAACGUUAUAAAGUAAAAGUAGUUGCUUCAAAUGAAAAGGGUGAAUCUAAUGUUCAACAAAAAGAAGUUAUUGGAUAUUCAGGCGAAGAUGUUCCUGUUGAGACUCCUCAAAAUCUAACUGUUUUAAACGUUACUGGGAGUAGAAGUGCAAUAUUAAGCUGGGAUCCAGUUUCACCAGAAUCUAUCAAAGGAAACUUUAAAGGCUACAAGAUUCAAUUUUGGACUGAUAGAGAUGGAGAAAGCAAUAUGAUUGAAGAACAUGUUAGUGCAGAUACGACAACAGCAGAAAUCAAGAAAUUUUUGCCAAAUGCUAAACAUUUUGUCCGUAUACUUGCAUACAACAAUCGUUUUAAAGGAGUACCUAGUCAACCAAUAACUUUUAAUACUCCAGAAGGAGUUCCUGGACCUGUUCAUGGAGUUGAAGCUGAACAAUGGGGCUCUUCUGCAAUUUUGUUAAGUUGGAAACCACCAGAAGAAGCAAAUGGUAUAUUAACCGGCUAYGAGAUUUCUUAUGAAGCCAUGACUCAAGAAGGCGUUGGAGAAAAGUCACAACGUCCUUCUAUUAAUGAUCCUAAACAGACUAAUGCUAAAUUGGCUUCACUCAAACCAUCAACUAAUUAUCGAAUCUACAUUAAAGCUACUACUAAGGCUGGCGUUGGUGAACCAUUUUUCAUUGAAACACAAACCAAACCUCCCUUACCCGAAGGAACUGAAUUGGAUAAACCAGUAUUCCAUUAUGAGCAUAAAGCUUAUAAUAAUGUUUUUGAUACAAUUCGAAUUUUGUGGACUCCUGAACUUAAAGGAAACCCGGGAUCUCACUUCUUUGUAAAAUACAAACUUAAAGGUGCCAACUUGUACGAGGAAACUAAACCUGAACUUGACAAGAAUUUUAUUGAUGUAAAAGGCUUGAAACCAGGAGAAUUGUAUGAAUUUGUCGUAGUUGCUGUAGAUGGUAAUACCAUGAAAGAAUCAGAUAUUGCUGAAAUUGAGGCAUCAAGCACUGGAUUUCAAAUUGUUAAACUUCUCAACUAUACCUUGUUCCAAAUAAGAGCGCACCGGGCGGCCACAGGCAAAACCGGUUUUGUUACGUACAUUUGGUGCGCUCUUAUUUGGAACAAGGUGUACAAAACAUACGAUUAUUACGAUUAA